GGGCAGGUGGCCGAGGCCGCGGUGGCCCUGGGUGUGCAGAGGGAACAGCAGGAGUUUGGGGACAUGCUAGUGGGGAGCUACCAGGACACGUACCACAACCUCACCCUGAAGGUCAUGCACGGCUUGAAGUGGGCGUGCGAGCAGUGCUGGCCCCGCUACAUCCUCAAGAUGGAUGAAGACUGCUUCGUGAACACCAAUUGCCUCCCUGCCUUCUUGGCUGAGCUCAACACGGUGAGCAUGGGCCUCUACGUGGGCUCCCUCUUCUCUCGCAAGAAGCGGCAGGUCAUCUGCGAGCCCUCAGCAAGUGGUACGUGUCGGCCGUCCCGGGACUCCCGGCCCGAUGAGUACCCACCCUACCCCAGCGGCAUCGGCUACAUCCUCUCACUGGACGCGGCCGAGAAGAUCCUGGAGGCGACGCAGCAUGUCCACCCCAUCCCCGUGGAAGAUGCCUACAUUGGCAUCCUGGCCGAGGAGGCGGGGGUCCAGGCCAGAAUGAGCGCCUGCUUUGCCAAGCAUAAUGUUCGGUGGCAUGUCUGCAACUACCGGUACCUCAUGGUGAUCCACCACCUGAGCCCGCACGAGCAGGAGGCGGCCCAGCAGAGCAUGUUGCAGGCCCACAGUGCUUGCCGCCACAGCCUCGAGCUCACGUGCUGGAAGUGA